UUAAUAUAUAUAUAUAUAUCAUAAGAAGAUCUAAAUAGUAGAAGGAAAUAUUUCGUUUCCACACUCAGCCAUGGAGACGUGCUCGAGUUGGACUUGUAAAGAGCGGGCCGCCUACAUAACAAAAACGGUAAAAUGCCGUGCUUCCCUCCACUGUCAACCGUCACGAAUCUAUUGUUAGAUCUUUUGUGAUAUCCCAAGAAAUCUUUCUUCCCUCCACUUACAUAGUCCAUCAUCCACAGCCCCACCGUGUUCAACAACCCCCACCACCAUCUGUCGAGCGGAGCGGAGGAGGAGGCAGAGGACAAGGAUGAAGCUGGUUUGGUGCCCGGAUACCGCCUUAAAGGCCUACGUCGACGCAGUGAAGGCCCUCGCCGAACGCGGCCUCGAGGAAAGCAGCGUGGCCGAGAUGGUCUCCGCCAUGGCCGGAGGUUGGAGGGCUCAACUCGUGGUGGAAGCGUGGGACCGCGACGCAGGCGCUGCCACCGGCGUCGGGCUCCGAGCUGCCGUCGAGCACGUGCGAGGCCGACACGUGUGCGUCGUCCCUGACGAGCAGUGGGCGGCGGAGUACGUCGGGGCCAUGCGGCGGGCGGGCGCGUCGGUGGAGGCGGAGUCGGUGGCGGUGGGGGAAGCGGAGGGCGCGAUGCGGGAGCUGGAGGGGGUGGACUUGAUGGUGGUGGACUGCCGGCGGAGGGACGCCGGGAGGGUGCUUAGGGAGGCGCGGCCGGGGGAGAGGGGGAUGGUGGUGGUGUGCAAAUGGGCGGGUAGGCAGCGGGGCGGGGCGGCCGGGGUUUUCAGGGCCGGUACGAGGGUGGUGCGGGCGACGUACCUACCCUUAGAGGGCGGCGUGGAGGUGUUCCAUGUCGGCGUUGGGAAGGGGCCGAGCUUGGGUGACGUCCGUUCCCGGUGGAUUAGGUAUGUGGAUGAUUACAACAACGAAGAGCAUUUGUUCAGAAGAUGGUGACUGAUAAUAGAUAAGAUUUAGAUUUCUCUAAGAAUCGAGAGAAAUCCUCUAUUUUAUUAAAGAAAAAUUUUCUUUCUAAUUUGUAUAAAUAGAAAAAAAAUUCUAAUAUGUUAAUGUAUUCAAGCUU